CUCCCGGAGCCUCUCAACCCCGCGCCCGCGCCCCGCGCCCCGCGCCCCGCGCCCGCAGCCCGCCCAGGCGGAGUCAGCCCGCGCUCCGCCCGCUGCGAUCCGGGCUCGGAGGUCCGGACUCCGGGCUCGCCGCCUCCCGGGCCGGCUCCGCGCCCCGCACCCCCGAGCCCCGCGCCCCCGCAGGCUGAGCGCACCAUGCCGCAGCUGGACUCGGGCGGGGGUGGCGCGGGCGGCGGCGACGACCUCGGCGCGCCGGACGAGCUGCUGGCCUUCCAGGACGAGGGCGAGGAGCAGGACGACAAGAGCCGCGACAGCGCCGCGGGCCCCGAGCGCGACCUGGCUGAGCUCAAGUCGUCGCUCGUCAAUGAGUCCGAGGGCGCGGCCAGCGACGCGGGGGUCCCGGGGGCGGGCGCCGGUGCCCGCGGCGAGGCCGAGGUCGGGGCGGAGGCUCUCGGGCGGGCACACACUUCGCAGAGACUUUUCCCCGACAAACUUCCAGAGUCUCUGGAAGACGGCCUGAAGGCCCCGGAGUGCACCAGCGGCAUGUACAAAGACACCGUCUACUCCGCCUUCAAUCUGCUCAUGCACUACCCGCCCCCCUCGGGAGCAGGGCAGCACCCCCAGCCGCAGCCCCCGCUGAACAAGGCCAGUCAGCCUUCCCAUGGCGUCCCCCAACUUUCUCCUCUCUAUGACCAUUUCAGCAGCCCACACCCCACACCUGUACCAGCUGACAUCAGCCAGAAGCAAGGAGUUCACAGGCCUCUGCAGACCCCUGACCUCUCUGGCUUCUACUCUCUGACCUCAGGCAGCAUGGGACAGCUCCCCCACACUGUGAGCUGGCCCAGCCCUCCUCUCUACCCCCUGUCCCCUUCCUGCGGAUAUAGACAGCACUUCCCUGCCCCCACCGCAGCCCCUGGCGCCCCCUACCCCAGGUUCACCCAUCCACCCCUGAUGCUAGGUUCUGGUGUCCCUGGUCACCCCGCAGCCAUCCCCCACCCAGCCAUCGUACCCUCUUCAGGGAAGCAGGAGCUGCAGCCCUAUGACCGCAGCCUGAAAGCUCAAGCAGACUCUAAGGCAGAGAAGGAAGCCAAGAAGCCGACCAUCAAGAAGCCCCUCAACGCCUUCAUGCUAUACAUGAAGGAGAUGAGAGCCAAAGUCAUUGCGGAAUGCACGCUCAAGGAGAGUGCUGCCAUCAACCAGAUCCUGGGCCGUCGGUGGCACGCACUGUCCCGGGAAGAGCAGGCCAAGUAUUAUGAGCUGGCCCGCAAGGAGAGGCAGCUGCACAUGCAGCUAUACCCAGGCUGGUCGGCGCGGGACAACUACGGGAAGAAGAAGAGACGGUCGAGGGAAAAGCACCAAGAAUCCAACUCAGAUAACUCUCUUCACUAUUCCUAGGAGGAAAAAGAAAUGCAUUCGGUACUUACCCGGAGAAGGCCGCUGCCCCAGCCCCGUUCCUUCCGAUGACAGUGCUCUAGGCUGCCCCAGGUCCCCAACUCCCCAGGAUUCGCCCUCGUACCUCCUGCUGCCCCACCUCCCCACAGAACUGCUUGCUAGCCCUGCAGAACCAGCGCCUACAUCACCAGGCCUCUCAGCCACUCUCAGCCUCUCAGCCCCCUCAGAGCGACCAGCAGAGUACACAGGUACAGCAACAGGAAUCUCAGAGACAGGCAGCCUAGCAUGCACAGGACACAUGGCUUCCUCCAGGGGCUCACCCUCUGAGAGGAGACGACAGAGUCCCAAAGCAGGUGGAAACCGGCCAGGGGGCCUGCUGGCUCCCUCCCACAGCUCAGGCCCUGGAGAUUUCAGAGUCUGCACAACUUCUGCCUAAACCUGGGGCCCUCAAUUCAAACUGCUCCAAGUGAUGGGAAUCAGAUCUGUGUUGUGUCAUUUCGUCAGGGGCAUCCCCCAUGCCUAGGGCAGGCUCCCUCCCUCUGUCUUGACAGCCAGAUGCCCCUGCCCCCCUUGCUUUUCCUCUAUAGGUCAUAGGUGGACUGGACUGAGCCCAGCUGCUUUCCGUACUCAUCCCCUCUACCACUGCCCCACCUUCCCUGUACCAGAUACUUCAUGGACCAAGAACCAGCUGGUUUACCAAACAACAUGUAAGCAUGGUCACAACCACAAAGCUCAAGAUGACACUGCUUCUCUCUUAAGGGCCUGGAGAAGCCCUGUUUACAGAAAUCCAUCUGCUAUCUGUAAGCUGAACCAAGGGAAGCUUCUGCCCACAUUCUUUUUAGCAGCUUUCAAUAAGUGAAUGGAAUAGGUUAGAUUUAGGCCUAUCAGCCCAGCAACUGGAAUAACCUGACACUACCUUACAGGCAAGUGUGGGUGGUUGAGCGUUUGUGGCUGUAGUUCAAAUUACUUGGAAAUGUUUCCUGAGAAAUUCAACCCCCUAAGGUGAAGGUGAAGUCGCUCAGUCGUGUCCGACUCUGCGACCCCGUGGACUGUAACGUACUAGAAGCCCUGAUACCUAAUGCCCUAGUCACUGGUUCAAGUCAUUUGUGGCUCAAAACCAGUGUGCAUCCUUCCCCACUUCUGACAGCCUUGUCCACAGAUCCAGUUCCAGCUUAUCCACAUCAGUCUAGCCAGCUCUUUAGACAGCUGUAAGAAAGGGCAAACCAAACCUCAAGACAGCCAGUACAUAUUUUCCAGUGUGUAAGCAGGCCAGCUUCAGUUUCCCUAUGGGGCUGCAGGAAGGAAGACCAUACAACUAAAGCAGGAGCCCAGAAAACCUCUAGUGGUGAACAUCGGGUUUUCACCACAGCCUACUUUAACCCAUUUCUGAGCCAAGCUUCAACCCUGAGCCUUAAAAAACAAACAUUUAAUUUAAUUUAGUUUUUUUUUUCUUUUUGCCUCCACUUCACUGUACGUAGCCUGAAUCCAAAGAGAAAGGGCUAUCCUUGUACCCACACACACCCCUCAACAAAAGCCUAGUUCCUACUUUAGCCACUGGCUUCUCAGAAUCCAAAGAUCGUAUGUUCUAGUGUAGUGCUGCAAGAAGUCUUGAGAGAAAAAAGGACCAUUGUAAUAUUCAAGAUAUUUUUGUAUUGUUAAUGCAUAUCACAGAAAAACUUUGAUAUGAGAAUAAAGAUACUUUUUACUGGG